CAAUGCCAAAGGAAUAUUCUAUCACGUGACCAAACACGGAAACAGAUAACAGUGAUCACAGCCAAAUUGUUGUUAUUAUAACAGAUUUGGUGAAAAGAAGGGGAAUGGCAACAUCGGACUGGUAUCUCUCACUGAAGCUGAUUGAUCAGCCCAAAUCGGUUUUCCAAUUCCCUGAAGCAGAACCCGGAGAUGUACCACCGGGUGGCUACCGAAUCGCUACACUGAAGCAACUUGUCGCUGCACAGUUAUCAGAUACACUACCCGAUCCUGAACUUAUAGAGUUUGUGCACUGCGGCCGCAAACUGAAGGAUGAGCAGACUCUGGAGUCCUAUGGCAUCCAGUCUGGCUCGACCCUGCACAUCCUUAGGAAGACCUGGUCUGAGCCUGCAGCCAAUGCUGAGCCGGUGAACAAGGCCACUGCUGCCAGAGAGUUCCGUCUGCUCCAGGCGGCCCUCCACUCUAAUGCUGUCUACAGAGACUCCGUGUUUAAGAUGCUCGCCAGUAAAGAAUCUCUGGACCAGAUCAUUGUUGCCACACCUGGGCUCAGCUCAGAUGCUGUGGCUCUGGGUGUGCUUCAGGACAAGGAUCUUUUUGUGCAGUUUACAGAUCCAGGCAUGCUCGACAUGUUGGCACAGUCUCACCCUGCCCUGGUGAAUGCCAUUAUCCUGGUCCUGCACUCGGUGGCGGGCAGCAUGCCCGCGCAGGCCAGCGGCAGCAGCUCCAGUCGCAAUGCCACCGCCAGCUCCUACAGCGACAUGCCAGGUGGCUUCCUGUUUGAAGGCAUGUCUGAGGAUGAGGAUGACUUUCAGUCGGGCAGUCAGGCGGGCAGCUCCAGGAGGCAGGGGGCAUCGUCAGGGAACCGUCCCGCCAGCCUGGGCCACAGUGGGGCCACGGGCCCUCGACCCAUCACCCAGGCCGAGUUGGCCACCGCCCUGGCCCUCGCCAGCACACCUGAGAGCAGUGCCGUCACACCCACCACUGGACACCAGUCGGAGGUCUCGUCUGGUGGGACAUCUCGGACAGCAGGCACGCCCGUGACCUCUGACCUAUUCAGCCAGGCUCUACAGCAGGCCCUACAAGCCUCCAGCACGCCUUCCGCAGCACCACAGCCUGGCCGUUGGCAGUCCCAGAUGCAGCAGCUGCGAGACAUGGGCAUCCAGGACGAGGACCUCAUGCUACGGGCACUACAGGCCACCAACGGAGACAUCCAGUCCGCCCUGGAGCUCAUCUUCGCUGGGGGAGCCGGCCUGUAAGGGCCCCUGGGCUCCAGUGGAUGUGUGGGAGAGGAGGGGGGGGGGGAAACACAAAAACAACAGAGAGAGCGAGAAAGAGGGAAGGAUUAGAUGAAAUGAUGAAGAAGAAGAACUGAGGACAGGGGGUUUGGGGAGAGGGGAGUCCAGGGACGAGAAGUGAGUAGGGUUUCCUCUUGCACUGCAGACAACACAAAGACCCCCAACAGAGACUUGGAGGCUCCUGGAGGUCUUUAUUAUCGCUGCACACGUGUCCUGUGCGCUAAGCCAAGGGUGCCACAGUGUUACACCAUAGACUUGCCUUUCCAACAGUCUGAACCAUAGGACUAAACGCCUUAAGACAUUUCUUCACCGAUGCCACCUUCCCUAUCCUGGCCUCUACAACACCUGGGUAGGAGAUCUCACCUGACACAAGGGCUGUACACGGAACAGUGGAACUUUUUUUUUUUUCUGGAUUAGGAUUGAGACAAAUAAAAUGCUUAAGUAAAA